UUUUCUUCGUCAACGGUUGUUGUCGGUUUUUUCGCUCGCAGAUCGAAAUAAAACGGCAAGUGAAUUACUACAACACGAAGUUUUUUUGAAUUAUAGCAAAUCGAAAAAUUUGUAUUAAUUGAAAUUAUCAUUGCAACAUUUAAAUUUCAAUCAAAAUUUAAUAAAAUUUGGAAAAAAAAGCCAAGAUUAUAAAAGAACAAAAAAUUUUCUCAUACAUAUUUGAGUAGUGAGUGAACGUGCGUGUGUGUGUGUGUAAAAGUUUUUAUUCUUUUCUUCUCCAAAAAGUUAAGUACCAACCAAACUACCAACCAACCAAUCAGCCACCCUACAAGAGUUUGUGGCAAAACAACAAAAUAGUUGAGUGGUAUAACAGAAUAUAAUAGGAGAUAGAUUGUAGAAACAAUAAUAAAAAAUGGCAGUGAACGUAUAUUCUACAAAUGUUACGACUGAAAAUCUUUCCAGACAUGAUAUGCUUGCUUGGGUAAAUGAUUGUCUGCAAGCACAAUUUUCGAAAAUUGAAGAACUAUGUACUGGGGCUGCUUAUUGUCAGUUUAUGGACAUGUUAUUUCCUGGUUCGGUACCUAUGAAACGUGUCAAGUUCCGUACAAAUUUGGAACAUGAAUAUAUUCAAAACUUCAAGAUACUACAAGCUUCUUUUAAAAAAAUGAGUGUGGACAAGAUUAUACCCGUUGAUAAAUUGAUUAAGGGACGUUUUCAAGAUAAUUUUGAAUUUUUACAAUGGUUUAAGAAGUUCUUUGAUGCCAAUUACGAUGGACGUGAAUAUGAGCCACUUAUAGCACGUGGUGGCAUUAAAUUGGGCAAUGGUGUUGGUGGCGGUGGUAGUGGUGUAGGCAGCAGUAAUGAUUUGCUACAUCAUCAACAUCAUCAUCAUCAGCAUGACAAACGUCAUAUACAAAUGCCUUCGGGACGUAGUACUACAACACAUGCUACCACUACUACACGAACAACCGCUACAAAAGUACCGCCUAGAGCUGCCGUUCCUGCUACAAAUUCAAGACCGGCUGUGGCUAUUUCAAAUAGCAGUGCCGGUGCCGUUAAGAAAGCUAAUGAAAAUAAUACAAGUGCUGUAACGAAUCAACAAAUUGAAGAAUUAUCUAGCCAGGUCAUGGAUAUGCGUUUAAAUUUGGAGGGUUUGGAAAAAGAAAGAGAUUUCUAUUUCUCUAAAUUGCGUGAUAUAGAAAUCCUCUGCCAAGAAGCUGAAGAGGGAGAUACCCAUCCAUUGAUACAGAAAAUUUUGGAAAUUUUAUAUGCAACGGAGGAUGGUUUUGCGCCACCAGAUGAAAUUCAGCCUGAAGAUGAGGAAUAUUAAGUUUGUUAGUGUGGUGUGUUUUUCUAUUUAACUCUCCUUCUCUCUUGUCCCCCCUUCUAAUUAAUUUUCUUUUUAAUUCAGUUUUUAACCACUAUAACUUGUUUUUGUAUACAAAAAUAGAAAAGAAAAAUGAAAAUAAGAAAAUGUAUUCUGUUUUUCUUCAUUAUAAAAUUAUAACGAAUGCAAGAAAUGAAACACAACAUUUAAUGUUGAACAUGAAGUUGAAAUUUUUUUUGCUUAAAAACUCUAUUCCACCUUCUUCAAAUUCCCCCUCGCUUACAAAAAACAACAACAACAACAAAAAGAAGAAGAUUAACAAAAAAUCUAAAACUAAAAUCUUUAAAAUAAAACAAAAAAUUAACAUUAUACAAGAGAGUUACAAUAAAAACAAACUUAAAAUUUAUGUUAACAAGAAUUUCAAUUAAUUCUACUUUAAAUAAUAAUAUUUUUGCCAUUUUUUUUUAUUAAAAAAAAAAAUCUAAAGCUCUUCUCAGUAUAUUUCUAUGAAAACAAACGAAAAAAUGCUCAAACAAGUAUAAACAGUUGUUUCUUCUAAUUUUAUCAAGAAUAUAAAUUUCUCAUUCUUAAAUAUUUUAUUACAGUUUGUAAUAUUUUCCAAAAAAAAAGAAAAGAAACCUUAUUUUAAGUAAAUAUUAUUAUUUUUUUUGUUUAAAUUAACUCGUAUAGUUUUCCCGUUUAACUUUUUUCUUUUUAAAUUUUAAACACACACUCUUACACAAAACACACAUGCGCAGUCAUUAUUUAAUUUUUAAAUUUUAAGUUUAAAAAUCUUUAAAUAAUAUUAUUUACCAUUAAAAAAAAGGAAAGAAAUAACUCAACCACAA